AUUGAGGUUUGUUUCUUCAGAAAAAAAGAGAAAAAAGAGAAGAAAAGAAGAUAUCAUACCUCUGUCUUCUUUUUCUUCUUGACUUGUUUUGCAGAAGAAGAAGAUCUGAAAUUCUGAGAAACGACAAGGUGUGAGAAAGUAGUUGUUGCAGUGGCCGUCCAAGGUUGAAUCUUUGGCAUAUUUAAAUGAGACCCCAUCAUUAAAAAUUCAGUCUUUGAUAGUCUUCUUCUCCUUGUUCUCAUUCUCCCAUCUUUGUCUGUUCUCUUCCGUCAACGUUGCUUUCUCUCUCCUCCAGUUUUGAAAUAUUGAAUGAUGACGCCGGAGAAGGAGAAGGAGAAGGAACAGGAUCAGGUGGUGGUUGAUGCAGGGAUGAAGAGGUACAGAAAUGGAGAAAUCUGGGAGUUUGAGGAUGACUUGGGUGUCUCAGACGGUGACAAUGGUGUCUUGUUGGGUUUGGACGGUGGAACUACCUCCACUGUCUGCAUUUGUAUGCCCAUGAUUCCCUUCUCUCACUCUCAGCUUCAUUCUCUUCCCACCCUUGCAAGGGCCGUUGCUGGAUGCUCCAAUCACAAUAGUGUUGGAGAGAUUGCUGCAAGGGAAACAAUAGAGCAGGUUAUGGCAGAUGCUCUUUCAAAGUGUGGUUCAAAACGAUCUUCAGUCCGAGCUGUUUGUUUGGCUGUAUCUGGUGUUAACCAUCCAACAGAUCAACAAAGAAUUCUCAAUUGGCUUAGGGAUAUAUUCCCAAGCCAUGUGAGGUUAUAUGUUCUGAAUGAUGCUGUGGCUGCUCUGUCAAGUGGAACAAUGGGUAAACUUCAUGGAUGUGUACUAAUUUCUGGCACAGGGAGCAUUGCAUAUGGAUUUACUGAAGAUGGAAAAGAAGCAAGAGCAGCAGGUGCCGGACCUGUCCUAGGUGACUGGGGCAGUGCGUAUGGAAUAGCUGCAAAGGCGCUAACUGCAGUAGUAAGAGCUUAUGAUGGUCGUGGUCCAAGUACAAUGCUUGCAAGUAGUAUUUUGCAAAAACUUGGUCUUUCUUCUGCAGAAGAAAUAAUCGGAUGGACCUAUGCAGAUCCCUCCUGGGCCCGCAUUGCAGCCCUCGUUCCAGUUGUAGUGAUCUGUGCAGAGGCUGGGGAUGAGGUUGCAAAUAAUAUCUUACUAGAAUCUGUCCAAGAGCUAGCUUCAAGUGUCAAAGCUGUUGUAAACAGACUUGGAUUGUCUGGUCAAGAUGGGAAGAGUGGCUUUCCCCUGGUGAUGGUUGGUGGUGUUCUGACAGCACAUAGGGGAAGCUGGGAUAUAGGAAAAGAAGUAAUUAACUGUAUUACCAAACAGUUUCCUGGGGUUAUUCCCAUUAGACCUAAGGUGGAGCCUGCAGUUGGUGCGGCAUGGUUAGCAUGGAAUUUUUUCAUGAAAGAAUGUCAUCACAAGGCUGAGAAUUGAUGAAAAGCAAGAAAAUAUAAUUCUUGAUGAUUAAAAGUGUAUAUUAGACAAGGACGAAAGUAUGGAUACCUAUGUGAUGUCAUGUAGUUUAUGUAUGAUCCAAUAUCUCUGCUGCUGUUAUUGUUCAUGGCACAUGGUAGGCUUAGUUCCUUGAGUCAUGAUUACCUUAGCUAAGGUGGUAACUGUGCUUGUGUAUAUAAUUUUUAGUGCCAUAAACAUGAUAGAGAAGUGUCUUCGUUGUCUUGUAGCUGUUGAUACUUUUUCAUCAUGAAUUGUUUAGAGAAUGAAGAUGAGCAUUUUGGAACAGCCAA